AUGCUUGCCACAACACGCUCUCUUGGCCUGCGGUCUACUCCCGCGCGAACCCUUCUACCAGCGAUCGCCACCCGGGCAAUCUCGACCUCGAAGCCUUCAAGCGCCUCUGGACACAGCGCUACCCCGGUUGUGAGAGAUGCGUCGAGCAUCGACAGGAGUGGCAGACGGGAGGUGCCAUUGCCAAGUCAGCAGGAGAAGAAGGGUGCUAUGCAGUUCGCCUUGACCACACUCGAUCAAGUCACCAACUGGGCCCGCCAAGGUUCCCUUUGGCCUAUGACCUUCGGUCUCGCCUGCUGUGCCAUUGAGAUGAUGCACCUUUCCACUCCCCGUUACGAUCAGGAUCGUCUCGGUAUCAUUUUCCGUGCCUCCCCACGUCAAUCCGAUGUUAUGAUCGUUGCCGGAACCCUUACCAACAAGAUGGCGCCUGCGCUCCGUCAGGUUUACGACCAAAUGCCGGACCCGCGAUGGGUUGUCUCUAUGGGAUCUUGUGCGAACGGAGGAGGUUACUACCAUUACUCGUACUCUGUAGUUAGGGGCUGUGACAGGAUCGUACCUGUAGAUGUCUACGUUCCUGGAUGUCCUCCUACCAGUGAGGCGCUCAUGUAUGGAAUUUUGCAACUUCAGAAGAAGAUGAGACACACUAAGAUUACGAGGAUGUGGUACCGUAAAUAA